GCAGAACGCCAGAAAAAGAGAUAGCCACGUGUAGCUGCAUACAGAUUUCAAAUGUUGACAUCUUCGGUGAGGGUGUAAAGUAAGUUUAUGAGCACGAAGGGCCGCAGUUUAGAUUGUUUGAUUUGAUUAGCAGCAGAAUGAAUUCACCCGUCGACGACACCAUACAACCCUAUCGCUUCCAGCCGAGAAGAACUCUGGAAGAAAGCGAAUCAUCUGGCGAGGACGAGUCACCAAAUGAGGAUACGGAUGAAGAAUUAGAACGUCUUUCGUUUGAGAGUCGCAUGGGCAACACCGAGUGGUGCAAAUGCGGGAAUUGUUGCCCAAUGACCACAGCGAAAGAAAGUUCCUGUUGCCAGGAAUUUGCUCAUGUGCGAGGGAAACUUUCGGACUCGGGUGGUCCACAAGCGGCAAAUGGUCAUUGCCCAUCAUGCAGUUGUGAAGUGGAGAUGGAAGCACACUGCAUCGUGGACCACCCAGAUUUCUACGCUGUAUGCCUGACAAAAGCGGUACUGGACACUGCUUUGGUUGGAUUCCACGACGUGGCUCACCAAGCCAUUCCAUAUCCUCCCCCAAACAGGUCAUAUCGAUAUGCAUGCUACAGACAAUUUACGUGGUUUGUCUGUGGUCUACUUGGUCGCAAAGUCAGAAGGGUCGUUCCUGCAUGUGUAGUCGGCAAAAUUCGCGAGGCAUUUCCAGAAGCCAGUGGAAAAUACACCGUUUUUUUGCAAGCUGAAGAGAGUGAAUAAUACUAAAUUUAGAGAUGGUCGUGCUCGCACUUCUGGAAUUGCUUUUUGCCAGGCCAUGUAUGUCUGUUGGAAGUAUGAUAGAGGAUGGAAUCCCAUUUCUCCCGAAGGUUUUGCACAUUUCCCUUGCAUGUAGAUAUUGACCACCA